UGGCUGGCAUGUAACUAUCGUAUUACAAGACGAGUCUGUUAGCAGGCUGACUUCAUUUAAACACAUACUUGGAUGUUGUUUUACACUGUGCCCGACCCACACGCGUUAUGGUGACGAGGCAUCCAGUGCACAAUUUUCUCUCAGCGAAAUGGCGGAUAGUGUUUACGUAUUGGUCGUUACAGCUGUACUCCAUGGAACGUCCCUACUACCCGUACUUGGUGGGGAGAUAACAUCAUUGCGUGGUAUAGGAACGUACCACGGCCAUGCCACGGUUUGGAAGGACGCCAGGAAAGACUGUCGAAACAGAGGCCAAAAACUCCUAAAUAUCGAAGAUAUCGAUUAUUGGGACAAAGUAGUUGAUCAAUUAAAUGUCACAGAGACAGGUGCAACUAUAUGGAUCGGCGGCCGUGAAAGCAAAGACACUUGGAUAUGGUCACAUGAUUUAUCCACACUUCAGACGGCGCCACUGGGCUGUUUCACAGAGAGGUUUACCUAUCCUAGAAACUUCACCAAUAACCAGCCAACUUUGUGUGCCAGCUUCUGUAAACACAGCAUGACCAUGCAAUACGCUGGUCUGAAGGGGUCUGAGUGUUUCUGUCUCGGAGAAGAGACGAAGUUUAAGUCUGUACUGGAUGCCAAUUGUAACACAACCUGUCCCGGAAAUAGGUACCAGAACUGCGGAGGCGAGAGCAGCGUCACUGUCUACAACACUGAAGAUUCAUUGGGAUGGCACAUGCACAAACCAGAUGCCGAGCAAACUCGACAGGACUGUGGACAGAUCAUGAGGAUAAACAGCAACGUAACAAUGUGGUACUCGGGCAACUGUACGCAGAGACACAAAUACAUCUGUAAAAUUGUGAACAACCCUGGUAUCUGUUCAUUUAUCAAGCGGCCAAUUCCUUGUUAUUAUCCAUCUGAGGACGCAAAAACAUGGUUUGAAGCUGCUAAAAAAUGUCAACAGAUGGGGGGACAUCUAGCAGACAGAGCUGUUGAAGACGACGACGAAGACAACCUGUUGACCCAUAAUUCGUUUUACUGGACGGGAUUAACACGAAUCAAACAGACGUGGAAUGGUGGCAAUAAAAACGUAGUGGACUUGACUUUGCCCCGAGCAAGGAGGUUUGAGAAUAGAACCCGGACAUGCCUGACUUUACAGAGGGAUUGGCAGGACGACUCUUGGUCUCUAGCUAGUGUAUCGUGUAAAGAACGUCUGCCCUACAUCUGUCAAUCUCUGGGAACCUUUGCCGAACCUGACGAGUAUAUAGACCGAAAAGAUGUGGACUCAGAACUGACCAAGGCCGAAUUAAACCAGGACGACCACCUGUUCGUCAUAUUCUUCAUUGUUAUUCCGUCGGCAGCGGGUGCCUUACUGAUAAUAAUUCUCAUCAUAAUCAUCUGCAGCGUUCGUAGAAGAAAUGCUAAGAAAGCUCAGAAAACGAAAGAAGAGGAACAUUUUUAUUUCGUACUGGAGAAAGAGGAAAGCAUAUAUAACACUAUAGACGGGCCUGACAUGGUGAGAGAGACUCCCUACCUUGUUAAACCAGGAUCCAAGGACCAAAAUAGGACAUCCAAAAUAUCUCCGAAACCAGACAAUAUAAUAAUAGACAACACAUACAACCAGUUAGAAUUCAAAGGGAGAAUGUCUAACGCCUUCAGUAACGGCGUCUCGGUGCACCAUGUCGACGACCCGAUAGAGGAUAACCCUUAUGACGUCGUUCGGUCCUCGGAAUACGACACAAUUGAAAACAUAAAGCGCAGCUGCUUCACGUUAGUAGAUAAACCGUACGACAGGUGUGGGUCGUUUACAAGACCAGUACAGGACGUCAAUUGUAAUCAGAACAAUAUCAGAAAUCCAAAGUGAUCUACGUGAUUUUUGUUCACAUUACACUUU